UAACAUUUUCUUCGCUCGUAUUCCUUGUCCGGUUUAUACUCCAUUUUCCUCGAGAUUACGAUCACAGAAAUGUCAGGCCGUGGAACGGGCGGCGGCGGAGGAGACGGUCGAGGACGGUCGCAACGCGGUGGUGGCCCCGGCGGUAGAGGCGGCGGACGUGGUGGUGGCGGUCCCGGCGGUAGAGGCGGCGGACGUGGUGGUGGCGGUCCCGGCGGUAGAGGCGGCGGACGUGGUGGUGGUGGUCCCGGCGGUAGAGGCGGCGAUCGUGUCGCCGGUCAUGUGGAAACCGGCGGUAAGGGACGCGGUAGUGGUGGUCCCUCACCGUCUUACAGUGUGACGUCACCAUUUCCGGAGAUUCCCGCCUCAUCGUCUUUGUCUCCUCUUACAGCUCAGUCUCUGAGCUCCGAUAUGGAGCAAAAACUCACGCUUCAACCAUCUCCGUCUAAACAGCCGGAAGUCGAGUCUCCGGUGCUCCCUCCGGCGUCGACGAAGGCUAUUCGUUUUCCAGUUCGGCCGGGGACUGGGACGAUAGGUCAGAGAUGCGUUGUACGCGCCAAUCACUUUUUGGUUCAGAUUGCUGAACGAGAUUUACAUCACUACGAUGUCAGCAUUUCUCCUGAGGUUACAUCAAAGACAGUUUGCAGGCUUAUAAUCAGCAAACUAGUUACGGAUUACCAGCAGUCUUACUUAGGGAAUAGGAUGCUGGCUUAUGAUGGAGGCAAGAGUGCUUAUACUGCAGGGGAAUUGCCUUUCCUCUCUAAAGAUUUUGUUGUGAAGUUGGAUGAUGAGGAUGGGGGUUCAAGGCGGCGAGAAAGAGAAUUCAAAGUAUCAAUCAAAUUUGCCACCAAACAUAGUCUGUAUCAUCUUCAACAAUUCUUGCAACGCAAGCAGCCUGAUUGCCCACAGGAAACUAUACAAGUUCUUGAUGUGGCUUUGAGGACAAAACUAUCAUCCAUAUAUCAAGUUGUGGGGAGAUCAUUUUUCUCACAUGAGUUUGAAGAGGGCCGCCUAGGUGAUGGUUUGGAUUACUGGAAAGGAUUUUAUCAGAGCCUUCGCCCAUGUCAAAUGGGGCUAUCUUUGAAUAUAGAUGUGUCUGCCCGAGCGUUUUAUGAACCCAUUUUUGUUUCCGAGUAUGUGAAGAAGUUUGUUAGAGAUUUGAGUAGGCCUGUAACAGAUCAAGAUCGUAUAAAGAUUAAAAGAGAUUUGAAGGGUGUUAAGGUGGAAUUCGAACAUCAAGGUCAAAUCAGACAACGCCGUAAAAUCUCAGGAUUUUCUUCCCAACCGCCUCAUCAAUUGAUGUUUGAACUUGAUGGGGGAGAGAAGAUUUCUGUAGCCCAAUACUUCAAGCAGAAAUACAAUAUUGUACUAAAAUAUCCCUUGUUGCCUGCCAUUCAAUCCGGCAAUGAUGCCAGACCUGUAUAUUUACCAAUGGAGGUUUGCCGAAUUGCCAAGGGCCAGAGGUAUACAAGAAAAUUGAAUGAAAGGCAAGUUACUCAGUUACUGAGAGCAACAUGCAAACGUCCUGCUGAGAGGGAGGCUUUGAUUGGUGGUAUACUCAGGAAGAAUGAUUACAACAAAGACAAACUAGUGAGUAAUGAAUUUGGAAUGCAUUUAGUGCCUGAACUUACUGCUAUUGAUGCACGCGUCCUUCCACCUCCAAAGCUAAAAUAUCAUGAAUCUGGACGUGAAUCCCUAGUUGAUCCUAGGGUUGGACAGUGGAACAUGAUAAAUAAGAAAAUGGUUGAUGCUGCGAGGGUGGAAUUUUGGACAUGUGUCAACUUUUCACGGUGCCAUGAUCCAGAAAGGUUUUGUGAUGAAUUGCUUUCGAUGUGCUGCAGUAAAGGGAUGGCUUUCAAUCCAGACCCAUUGGUUCCUAUUCGUUCUGCUCAUUCUAGUAGAAUUGAUAAGACACUGAUUGACAUUCAUAAUGAGUGCACUGCUAGAAUUGCAAGUAUGAAGCCUGGUGGAAGUUUACAGCUUCUAAUAGUUAUUCUUCCUGAUGUUAGUGGGUCCUAUGGAAAGAUCAAACGAAUUUGCGAGACCGAGUUGGGAAUUGUCUCUCAGUGCUGUCAACCUAGACAGGCAGCUAAGACUGGUAACAAGCAAUAUCUUGAAAAUGUCGCACUAAAGAUAAAUGUUAAGGUUGGUGGAAGAAACUGUUUUCUGGAGCUAGCUGUGCAGAGAAAAAUACCUUACCUCACUGAUCGUCCAACAAUUAUAUUUGGGGCUGAUGUUACUCACCCACAGCCAGGGGAGGACUCGAGUUCUUCAAUUGCUGCAGUGGUUGCAUCAAUGGAUUGGCCUCAAGUCACAAAGUAUAGAGGGCUGGUUUCUGCACAGCAACAUCGUGAAGAGAUCAUUCAGGGUCUUUACAAAACAUAUCAGGAUCCACAAAGAGGAACGGUUCAUAGCGGCAUGAUAAGGGAAUUAUUAAUUGAGUUCAGAAAGUCGACAGGGCGUAAACCAGAGAGAAUCAUAUUUUAUAGAGAUGGAGUGAGUGAAGGUCAGUUCAGUCAAGUUUUGUUGGAAGAAAUGGAUGCAAUUCGAAAGGCAUGCUGUUCAUUGGAAGCCGAAUAUCUCCCUCCAGUUACGUUUGUUGUGGUGCAGAAGAGGCAUCACACCCGCUUGUUCCCUGCGAAUAAUAGAAUGACAGAUAGAAGUGGCAACAUACUGCCAGGUACUGUGGUUGAUACGCAGAUUUGCCACCCUACCGAAUUUGAUUUCUACCUUUGCAGCCAUGCUGGUAUCCAGGGGACAAGCCGUCCUGCCCAUUACCAUGUCCUUUUUGAUGAGAACAGAUUCACUGCAGAUGCCUUGCAGAACUUGACAAACUGCCUGUGUUACACAUAUGCUCGGUGCACUAAAUCAGUCUCCAUUGUUCCACCUGCAUAUUAUGCACAUUUGGCAGCUUUUCGUGCUAGGUAUUAUGUCGAGGAUGAAAUGUCUGAUGGAUCCUCUGGAAUUUCCGGUGGGAGGGCUACAAGGGACAAGGAUGCUAAUGUUAAGCCAUUGCCAAUAAUCAAGGACAAUGUGAAGGCUGUCAUGUUUUAUUGCUGAAGAAAAUACUUGGUUGUUUUUUGCUAUGCAACUCGGCUUUUGUUUCAUCUGUGCUGUUUUUUUGGCUUUCUUGGAGAUAGAUAUACAAGGAUGAUUCAAACAUUGGUGUUUUGUAAGGCACAAAAUCAAGUUUGGGAACAAGAAAAUUAACUAAUUUGUGGUGUUUUUGCAUAUUGUAUUUACGUAUGGUUCAAUAAAAUUAACUAACUUUUGGUGUUUUUGCA